UUGUCAGCCUGGCACAUAUAUAACCAGUCAGUGUUGUGGUUGUCGGACAGUACACAAGACAAACAUACAGAUAGACAGGGGACGAAGGGACCAGCUACUGGAUCAGAGAACACAACAGUCGCCAUGGGAGCCUCAAUUGUGGAAUACUUUACUUGCCUUCUGCUUCUUCUGGCAUUGACCAAGGUCCAUGGAGGUCCAGUCUACAGCUCCAUGAUAUCAUCAGACCUGUCCGAUCUAAAGGGUCUCCUGGAACGCUUAGAAGAUAAGAUUCCCAUAGAAGAACCAGAAGUCCCAGCACAAGACUUAUUUAUGGGAAACUACGAUUCAUCUGAUUCCCUCCAGUCUUCAAAUGCAGCUCCAUCCUGGCCUGGAGAAGCCGCCCACCCGCCUGCAGACAUGGGCUAUAACAGAGGGCCCUGGGCCCAGGCUGAUAGAAUCUCUCCACUGAAGAAUAAGCUGCGAGAGCUGUUGAACGCCCCCCGGAGCAUGAGGCGGUCUUCAGACUGCUUCGGGUCUCGGAUUGACAGAAUCGGGGCUCAGAGUGGCAUGGGAUGCGGCCGUCGGUUUUCAAGAGAAAGUGAAGCACAACAAGUACAGAACUAAAAGAUGAUCAGCGCCAACGUCAGGAGCCCGGUUCAUCAUUCUAAAAGGGACAGUCACCCCAAAAAUGAAAAAACAAACAAAAAACAUGUCAAGUCAUUCAAGAUUGUAGUCCGUGGCUUCGUAGCUACAGCAGGAAAAUGGACGAUGAUGAAUACGGACACCUCUGGGGGUUGUGAUCCAGCUUUUCUAGAGUCCUGAAUUUCUCAUCUGCCUAAUUAUGCAGACAUAUUGACUGAACUUGCUUGCAAAAUUGUGCGAGUUUCACUGAACGCAUCUGGAGCCAAUCCGUCACGCUCGUGUGAAACGUCCGGUCUAGAUAUUCUGUUUGUACCUUGAAGAUAACUGUUGGGCAAUUGGAUGAAACUACUGCAAACUAAAUAAAUAAUUUAAUUGCAACACUAGAAAAUCUGUGUGCCUGAAUUUCACUGCAGGUACAUUGGCUGAUGUCAGCCCUUGAUUGGCA